UUUAUGACGUUGUCAUCGCUGGCUUCAAUGGCUUCGCCUGUUUUGACACAUGGCGGCAUUUGUGGAUAUGUUGCGUUGUGUUAUUAUAUUACAGAUAUACAGGGGAUAUUACAGAGUGCUGUGUCAGUAGUUGUUUUUAUGACCGGUUUCUUUGAUCAUGGCUGCAUCGUGGACAGCGCCGCAGGGGCAAGUGGGUGAUUUGAGCAGCAAGAGUAAAGAUGAGCUCCUUGAGAUACUGUCACGACAACAAAAGUUACUUUCUAAUAAGAGAUUCAUUCGGAGCCUCCCAGAUAAAGGAAAGAAGAUUGCUGACUUUGUGGAGAAAGUCAACCUUGCUCUCGGACAUCUGGAUGAACAGGAGAGAAAACAAGCUAGUUUAAUCUCCGCCCGGGCAGAGUUUCAGGCUAAAUAUCAGCAAGCCCUUUCUAAGCGAAGUACAGAUAAGAAUUUAGACUCUGAUUUGCACACCCCGUCCCAUGACGAAAAUAAAGCUUAUGAUGCACAUAACAUACAGGAAAAUAGUUUGUUUGACAAUAAUGAGUCUUCGACAUCUCAGCCACAGGCUGCUGCUGAAACACUUGUAACAGCAAGUGAAAAUGACAAACUGCAGAUGAAGGACACAGAGCUUGUGGAGGCAUUUGGACGAUUUACACUUUCCCAAAGUAAAAAUGGCCCAAAAGAAGACAUCGUUAAAAACCCUAGUCUGGGUUCUCGACAAAUGAAAAAGUCACAUUAUAUAGAAGUCCUAGAGAAAAGUGGAAAUUUAAGGAAGGCCAGAUUCAAACCAAACCAAUUAGCAGUUAAAUCUGAGUCCUCAUCACCUAGUCACAGCUCUGGUAGCACCACACCACUUACUGCAGAGGCCAGAAGACUGCAAGACAGAAAGCACCUGGAUGACAUCACUGCAGCUAAACUUCCACCCCUGCACCACACUCCUGCCCAGCUACUGUCUUUAGAGGAGUCAGCUGCCCUUCAGCAAGAUCAGACCAGAAAAUAUCAGGAGUUGCACGCCAAGCAAGCUGCCCAGAAGCUGGCAGAUGGUCUAAGUAUCAGGAUGGAGAGUUUCAACCCAGAAAGAGACCCACUGGCAGCCUACAGAGAGGUGCAUGAUGAUGGGGCCCAGCUUUCCUCUGAGGAGGACUAAAUUGUGGGGCGCUACAGGGAGGGCACUGGCUUAGUGAUAAAUUUGGCCCCUUGCCCUGGACCAGCUCUAGGCCCAGAGCCCAUGCUUCAGGACCCUGGAGAGAGGCUUUCAGUUUGGGGACAAGAGAUGGGCUCUUCAUGAACUGCACUGACAAUGUCUUCAGAUAGAGAGCAGCUUUUGCCAAUGAAGUUAAAAAACAUCAGGUUGAAUCAAGUGUUGGGUGAUUGUGUCCAUGGAAAAUCGCUCAGCUGUUAUAGAUUGUCUUGGCAAACUGAUGGGAAAAAUCUCUGUUUAGACUUAAGAAAUACCACACCUUGAUUGUCUAGAAUUUAAUUGUGAGCUUUUAUGAGCCAUGCCUUCAAGAGUGUGGUUUAUUGAUAAUAUUAUAAUAUUUUUGUAUGACCUUCCUUAAUGUUUAUUCAAAACAGGCAUUUGAUAUAACUUAAACUUUUGACUGACUUUCUGAAUUGAAUAACGGAAACCACGGUUUUAUAAACUAAAGGUGGAAGCACUUAAUGCACA